UAACGUUUCUUCAAAACUGACAUGACGCGCACUAACCACUCCAAACUAAAUCGAGGAUGAAGAUCGAUAUUCUAAAUACCGGGGUGUAUUAAAUAAACUAUUUUUACAUGAAAAAUUUAUCAACAACUUGUUUGUGUAUCACAAACGUGAGAGCUUUCAUCAAUAACAGUCAGCAUCUGCCUCUCGUAACGGAAAGUCGUUGAUGAACUCAAGUUGAGGUCCCGAAAUUGAAGUGGAAGAUCGCGCGAAUGGGUGAAUAUGAGUACGAUAUUGUCGAUUUUGAUGUACUUAAAUGAUUCGACGCGGAGUUAGUCAUCGUGAGCGUUAAAGUACAAAGCGAUAAGGUGAUCAUCGGUAUUAGGUGUUAGGUUGCUGUCACCGACAGUGACGUAUGACGUGUGACGGCGAAGUAGAACGUUUCUCGAUACAUUCUUCGUGUCUGAUGUUGGCUUGGCCCGAGAUGAACGAGCAGAAUCUCAGCGACCAGUACUCGACCUGGGUCGGCCUCGUGUACAUCUUCAAUCUCAUCGUUGGAACAGGCGCUCUGACAUUACCUGCUGUGUUCAGCCGGGCAGGAUGGGGACUUGGACUGAGCGUCAUCUUAGUGUUAGCGUUCAUCAGCUUCGUCACAGUUACAUUCGUCAUAGAAGCGAUGGCGUCUGCUAAUGCUAUAAUCACAUGGAGGCACAUUCAGCAUCGAAAACGUGCUUUACAAACGUUGGGUGAAUCUGGUCCUUCCAAUUCAGAUUCCGAAGAUACUCCACUGGUAGCUCCCACCUCGAGUAGUCCUGAACGUUUGGAUAAUACUUAUAGAUAUUAUGUUAUUCAUGACAGAAUAGAGAUGGGCCAGAUGGCAUCUAUCUUCUUCAACAAAUUCGGCACUACGCUGUUCUACCUGUGCUUGGCUGUAUAUCUGUACGGUGAUCUGAGUAUUUACGGCGCUGCGGUUGCAAAAUCGUUAGCGGAUGUCGCCUGUACUUACCAGCCAAGCAAUCUUACGUGCAAUGACACCAUACCAGACGCUGAACUUUGCUGGGAAGGUCCCAUGUUGAACCGAAUGGACGCGUACAGAAUAUUCCUGACAGUGUUCGUGCUAUCUUUGGGGCCGUUUGUAUUCUUUAAUGUUCAGAAAACCAAGUAUCUGCAGCUAUUGACCUCGGUGAUGCGAUGGCUCGCGUUCACUAUUAUGAUCGUGUACGCUGUAAAUAAACUUAUUCAACACGGUAUUCGGGGCGAUCCACCUGUUGCAAAUAUAACCGGGAUUCCUAGUCUUUUCGGUGCUUGCGUUUAUUCCUUCAUGUGUCAUCACUCGUUACCGGCCCUGGUGGCGCCGAUCGCGAACAAAUCGAUGCUAAAUCGAUUCCUCGCGCUCGAUUACAUACUGAUCGCCUCGUUUUAUUUACUGCUGGCACUGACAGGCGCCUUCGCCUUCGAGCACCUGGACGAUCUCUACACGCUGGACUUCGGGCCACGCGGCUCGGGCGACUGCUCCAAGAGCAACAACAUCGUCAUGCUCCUUAUAGAAUAUUUCCUGGCGCUCUUCCCUGUAUUCACCCUGAGUACCAGUUUCCCCAUUAUAGCGAUCACCCUGAGGAAUAACCUGCAAUCGCUCUUUCUUAACGAGGAUACGUCUUACAAUUUGUGUCUUCGCAAACUCGUCUUCCCUAUCUUGGCAGUGAUACCGCCGUAUCUGAUCGCAAUGAGCACCAAGGAUCUGUCGAUAUUGGUCGGUAUCACCGGAUCGUACGCUGGAGCGGGGAUUCAAUACUUGAUACCCACCUUCUUGGUCUAUUACGCUAGGCAAGAGACCAAUAAGGUAAUCGGCCUCGGCGUCGUGAACAAAUUCGCAAGCCCCUUCUCCGGCAGAUGUUGGCUCUUCUUCGUCGUGAUAUGGGCGAUCGCCUGUAUGAUCUUGGUGUCGGUCAAUUUCAUACAGAUACAUCUCGUGCCGAGUAGCGGAUAACGACGUGAACACCCUCCGUGUCGUACAUAAUCAAAAGAGAAGAAGAGGGCCUCGCUCUUCGGACGUGGCUCCUGUUGUGUGAAAUUGUAUGAAAGGGAGACGAGAGUUUACGAAAGUUGUUGAUCGCAUAUCCGGAGCGGUACGGUUUCGCGAAGUAUCGCUGGCGAGGUUAUCGCGAUUAUUAUUGAAGUCGCGAGGAACGUAGGCGGAGAACGACUGACGACUGGUUCGCGAGGAUUUAUAUCCCUUAGGGUAGCUUAAUGAUUUAAGACAUUUGUGCGAGGCAGUGCAGUAUGCCGGCACGUGUCUAUGACGAAACGACAAUAUUCUGGCACAAGUCGGCGCGUACAAGUCGAAUAUUAGAUAAGUCCGGAAGCGUAGACCGUUAAUGUGCGUAACAGGGAAUCUCUCCAUUCUUCUCUUUGUAUUUUUACUUUGCCAAAAGAGGAGAAAGAGCGGGAGGUGAGAAGGAGAAAGAGGAAGGAAUUGCUCCGGCUACGGACUUGGCGUAGUUUCGUUGCGAUAUUCUCUCUGAUCACUGUUAUCGCAUUUUGUAUCCUUUUACGCGGCGCAGUCUCGUUCUUUGUAUUCUUAUGCAUUUAUGACGAAAUACUAAUAAUAGCGAAAUCGGGUAGUGAGAUAGCGGCAACAGCAAGAGAGUGCGUAACGUUUAUAUGUUUUGUUGUUGAAUCAUAUUUUUGUAUAGGGUAUAUAUAUACAUAUGUAUAAAACUGCCAAAAGAGAAAUGGUAUUCGCAACGUAUGUCCGGUCAUACCUGUGUACCUGUACCGAAACGUAAUAGCAAUGCAAUGGAGAGAACGUUGCGGGUAUAUG